GUUCCGCCUAUUGCUAAUGGAUCCGCUGACAAGAUAGUAGGCGAGUAUCCAGGAAUAAUUACCUAUGCAUGCAAUCAACACUUUCGGAUUGUUGGCGAUUCCAUGCCAAGUUGCACUGCUGGUGGCAAUCUAACUUCAGUUCCUCACUGUGAAGAGUUCAAUUGCAGUCUUCCCACUAUCAGGGAUGGCGUGAGUAAUGCCUCCUUCAUACAACAUGGUGAACUGGCACAGUAUGCAUGUACCGACGGACACAUUCUGCUGGGCAACUCUACAGUUAGGUGCAAUGGUGAUGGCAGUUUGAGCUCAGUACCCUCCUGUCACAUUACUACACCAUCGCCACUCCGUUAUUGUGAUCCAUCCAGUUCAGUAAUUGUUAGAUCCAGCACCGAAAUAAAUUACAAGUCUGCACAGCAACUCUGUAAGGUGUACAAUGGAACAAUUAUCUCAGAUCAGUCAUUCUUUGAUGGAUGUUCGCAUCGCGUUGCAACCAAAGACAUUAUUGCGUGGAGGGGAGUGGCAACAUUGUCGGGAUAUGCACAUCUAACAAUGGCAGGAUUCGACGACCCGCAGCCCAUAGAUCAAAAUCAAUACGCUAUAUGUGAAAUACGUUGUCUUCCCCGACGAUAUGACCAGACAAAACCUCAAACAAUGCAUAGCGAUAUCACGUGCCGAUACGACGAACUGAUCAUGGACCACAAUACAUGCCAACUAUCAAAGAGCAUAGUGAGAGUCAGCCUUGUCGGCCUCAUAACGAGCUACACUACAGCACAAGCAAUCUGUAGCUUUUACAAUGGAACAAUCCUCUCAGAUGCCUCAUAUAACGACAAUUGCUCGGUCGGUUUGACCACCACAGAUAUCAUCGCAUGGAGAAGAGCACAAGAUGGGAGUAUGUCUAUGUUCAAUACACUUGGAGGCAUCAAUAGACUCACGCUUCUAUACGUUGUUUGCGAAAUACUCACCACUCCCGAAGUGCUGCCUCCGCUCUCCGACCACUGUCCAGUACUCUGCAACAUUCAACUGAGGCAACUACGACACCAAACUCGUGAGCAGAUAGUGGUACCGGAUUACGCACGCACCGACUUUGAGGCUAUGCGAGCGGACCUCUGGUUGCAGCCUCUCCGAGAUUGUAUAGAUGGCGCCAGUUGUAUGGAAAGCGCCUGGCACUCUUGGCACUCCUAUGCCAAUGAGAGUAUCCAGCGCCACUUGGCCAUGCGAACAUUGAAGCCGAGAAGAAAGCAGACCACGACGCCUUGGUUCACUGCCCAGCAAAAGCGAAUGCACCGGAACAAGAACCGUAUUUUCAAAUUAGCCCAGAGAACGAAAGCGCUGGAAGACUGGAUAGCAUACAAGAUGGUCUUACAAACAGUCUUGAAUGCAGCAAGUCCCUCUAUUUCAAAGAGCUUUGCUCGCAUAUUCAGGGACAAAAACUGUUACAAAUGGUGCGCCGAGGCCAAGAAAAUUGUCCAGAUCAGCAAGAAGCGAGCGACCAUCCCGACCCUGGUUGAUGAUUGUAGAGAUGCGGCUUGUGAUUCUUCUAAAGCAGAAGCACUGGCCCGUUGUUUCAAAAGCCAGUUCUCCCCAAAUCCGUCUUUUGACCCGUGUGCUACCACCCUACCGCCAGCACAAUUUACACCAGAUCUCCAGUUUCAAUUGCAAAACAUAACCCAGCACGACGUAUUCCGCAAAUUGCGCACUCUGCCCGAGCACAAGUCUGUGGGCGGGGAUAUCACAAACGUCAUACUGAGAGAAGUGGCGUAA